CUUUUUGAGGGGGUGGGGUGCCGGAGGACCCGAAGUCUUUCGAAACUCGUCUCCUGACUUCGAAUUUACUCGCACUGACAACGGCAUUCGCAAGUCGCCUUUUGCCUCGGAUCUUGCAGCUGGGGAGGUUGGAGAGGCUUUGUUUGUGGGAGAUGGAGGAGUGCAUGGAAGCAGCGGUUUCGAAAACCUCGCCCGGGGAGGUCACGCGUGGUUUAGAAGCUCGGGUUUGAGGUGAGCAGGGUAUAGCGGGGGUGAAAGGAUGCGUGAUUCGAUGCGUGCAAUGAGGGCUUGAUCGGAGACGAUUUGAAAUGUUGCAGGGGGUAGUGUUGGAGUUGGAGAGGAGGGAGGUGGGAGAUUUCGGAUUGAGCGAAUUUAGGGUUUGGGGGCAAUGAUUUGAGAGUCUGGUGUGGGCGGCACGAUGAGGAAGGCGUUGUUGUCGAAACCGGGGGAAUGGGCGGACUCGGUGGGGGAAAAAUUGGGGCGGUUCCUGCCGAGCAGGAGGUUGGAAUCGCAGUUGUCAAGGAAAAACUCCGCGCCCAACUUGGGGAGCUACGUCUCAGAUGCUGGCGGUGGUGUGCGGAUCGGAGGGAAGCAGGAUGCGUCUGGCAAUGAGGAUAGUUCUAAGGGUUCGCCCGAUCCUGAAGGGCCCGACACCUCUUCCUUGUCUGCGUUUCUGAUUAAUCUUUUAUCAUCUGACAAAAAUGGCCGUGGAAGUUCGUCGCCGCGUUCACGGCUUAGACAUCAAUCGUCUGAGGGAAUGGAGGACGAUGCAAAUGCGCAGAGUGGCGAAUUUUAUGAUGUGGAUUGGCUUCUUGUAGAUGAUCAUGUGAAGGUGAGCGAUCCGGUGAGUGUCCCCCCCCCUCGGACCCAGAAGAAGCAGCUGCCUAGUAUUGCCCCUGACCGCUUGCCCAGGAUGUCUGACCAUUCGUGCCUCCUUUCCGCCGAUCUACGCUGCAGCAUCCAGCCUGCUUUGCCAACGCUUGCUAAAGGCCGACGCUGGGUGCUAUUGUACAGUACCGAGAAGCAUGGAAUGUCACUCCUUACGCUUUACCGGAAUAGCAAGAUGACAUCAGGGCCGGUCUUACUCGUUGCUGGAGACAAGAGUGGCGCUGUGUUCGGUGGCCUGAUUACAGCUCCAUUAGAACCAUCGCCGAGGAAGAAAUACCAAGGAACAAGUGACUCAUUUGUGUUUAGCAAUGUCACAGGAGCCUCGAAAAUCUUCCAUCCUACAGGUGUGAAUAGAUACUAUGUGUUAGCAACAUCAGAUGCCCUGGCACUUGGAGGUGGGAGCCAUUUUGCGCUCUAUUUGGACGCAGAGCUUCUUCAUGGUUCAAGCGGUGAGUGUGAAACCUAUGGGUGCUCAUGCCUAGCAAACAAUGAAGAGUUUGUUCUCAAGCACGUGGAGCUUUGGGGAUUCGACCUUACUCAGCGCCAUUCAUCUUUCUCAGGGUCGCUGCCUAUCACUUCAUGGUCCUGAACCCAGCUUUGUCGAAGAAACACGGUUGAAGCCCAGCACUAUCAACCCCCAAGUUUUGUGGCGGCUUUGAAUCUGUCAAGGCUGAAUGUGGGAACUGCAGCAUCAUGUCUUAGCCCCAAUUUUGUUGGUUGGCAACAAGGUCUGGUCCCAUUAUGAAUUCUUCAUGUGAGGCAAGUUUUUAUUGGAUGUGCGUAUGUUAUACGGUGAAUUAAGGUACUGGCGAUGAAGAAGAACCCUCUGGUACAGCAGAGGAUGGAUAGACAUAGAUUGUUUGACUGCAAAUCUUAGAAGAGCACUCUGUUCAAAUCUCUCAGUUAGUACAUCGCCAAGGUAAUGGUGAGAUAUUCUUACUUUUGAUACUACGGUCCCCCAUAGUAGAGUAGAAGAGCUAGAUGCACUGAUGCUUGAAUACAUAAUGGCGCUAGAAUUGUAAUUAGUGUAUAUCGAAGGAGAAAAUUUUAAAAAUAAAAAUAGUACAUCAUCCCUUCAAUUCCCAAG